UCAUUUUAUUAUUAAACUUUAGGUAGAGUAGUUACAAAUCAAGGUGGGGUGAAAGGAAGGGAAUUCUGGGAAUGUGUCAAGGUUGUUUCCCCAAUGGGGGAAAAUGGAGUUACUCUUCUUUUUAGUCCAGGUCUGUGAUGGGACCAGGAGAUUUUGCAAUUCUGAUACUAUGGAGAUGCUAUUAUAACAAAGCAGGGAGUGGUCAUCUGGUCGGUUUUGGAUGGUCCUGUUGUAAUGCAGCCGAGGUUGCGUUAGCCCUGCCACUAUGCAGUUUGCCUGUUGGUUUCCCUGUGCUUUCUUUAGCCUACUUCAGGGGAAGGACAUGGCAGGACUAGAAGCCAGAAUCCACUAUCAUCUGAGGUUUGUGAGCCUACCAGGUCUGACAAGAACAAGGGUGGUAGUAAUACUGAUAAGGACAAUGGCCACAAAGUUGCUGAAGACCAGGGUGCUUAUGUUCAGGCACUUGGUGAUAGAGGUGCAGGCUUGGGCCCCAGUCACACUAUUUACUGUCUUUCUGUUCCUAGACUAGAGGAGACCAGCUAGCAAAGGACCCUGGAGAAUGCCAUCUAAGAGUGAAGUGCUCUGACUGGGUCAUCCUCCCUUGCUCACUGCAGCCUCCCUGCUUCAGGUCAGGGACCCUCCCUCCCCUUUCACAUAUGCAGACUGUCCAGGAAUCCUCAGCACUGUCUGCUUGAUGCUAGGUGAUCUUAGUGGGCAUGGGAAGGUUUCCUGAACCCUGGUAGGUUCAGGAAAUCACAGGCGUUUGCUGGGGGACCUAUGGGCAGAAGUAACCAAGGCUUUUGACCUGAGCAGCUCAGAGAAGUUGAGCAGAGGAGGUAUGAAGGAUUUCACCUCUUGCUGAGAAUUUGAGCUGGGAAUACAGUAAGAUACCCUUUAUCAAGCAGGUUCUUGGGCAUAUGAGCCUGGAGUUGGAGAUGGACUUCUUGCUGGAAUAUACAUUGAGUCCUUGGCACAUACAAGCAUCUGAGCCAACCAGAGAUGGAGGAUGGCAUGAGGAAGUCAUUCCACUCACAUUUUAGGAUUGAGAGGAAAGACUAACAGGCCAAAGAGACUGAGGGGACUGUCUGCCAAAGAGCUAGAGGAAGUGUCCAUCACAGGGGCUGGGGAGGGUUUCCUGCUGUCUGUGGUGGAAGGGAGGGAGGCAGGCUCCCUCACUGUCCCUUUUAGCCCAUUUUCUCCUUAGCAUUCAUCUCUAGCAAGAUAUAUCUUUGCUCUCCCCACUCUGAUCUCUGAGUUCUGGAGAUGGAAGACUGUAGUGUCAGCAGCUCUGGUUCUCAGGAGGGAGCUUUGGCCCUUCCCUGAAACUGAAGCAGUGUCAUAUCCACUCAGCCCCAGGGCCCACCAAGGGACGAUCUGCAGCCAAUACCCUCAGCAGCCUUUCGUGGAUAGUGAGGACAGCAGGGGGCUCUGGUGGGUGGUCUGAAGCCUCUGCCCAUGUGGCAUUGCAGUCUUUGAUGGGGUCUUCUGAGAGGGGUGGGGGACACUAGGGUGCAAGGGCGGGCCUCACUACUUGGCAGGCUGAGGCUGUAAUUUGUGUUAUAUAUAGCGAGUGGAGCUGGCCAGUCAGGGAGGGUGGUGUGGGUCUAUAAGCAGGUCCGGUGCUCAGAGAGCACAAGUCUCAGGAAGACACGGCGCUGGAACCCAUGGAUACUUCAUACCCCCGUGAAGACCCCCGGACCCCAUCACCCCGCAAGGCUGAUGAUGCUGCCCACACAGCCCUCCCCAUGGGGGUUACUGGCCCUACACCACGUGACCACCUGCUCUGGUCAGUCUUCAGCACGCUCUACCUGAACCUGUGCUGUCUCGGUUUCCUGGCGCUGGUGCACUCCGUCAAGGCCCGAGACCAGAAGGUGGCUGGGGACCUGGAGGCUGCACGGCGGUAUGGCUCCAAAGCCAAGUGCUACAACAUCCUGGCUGCGAUGUGGACCUUGGUGCCUCCACUGCUGCUCCUGGGGCUGGUGGUGACUGGUGCUUUGCACCUGUCCCGGCUGGCCAAAGAUUCUGCAGCCUUCUUCAGCACCAAGUUUGAAGACGGGGACUAUGACUGACAGACUGAGUUCUGACCCUGUCCUGAACCCAGGACAACUCCAGGGCAUUGACCCCACGGGCUCAACACCAGCUCUAGGGAGUUCUACCCUAAUGUAGGGCCUUGAUCCAGGCCCUACCAUGACACCAAAGGCUACUCCCUUGUCUACCAUGGACACUCAAUGCUGACCCAUUCCGACCCCAUGGACCUCACCCCUAACAUUGAGGGUCCUCAGUAUCUGGCUCUGUCCCUUUCUUCUCACUUACUAGGCAGACCCUCCAUUCAUAAUUAAAAGUGACAGGUUCCAGAAAUGCCUUGAUGCCUUCUUCCUGGUUGCAGUGGGGUAGGGAGUCCAUGUACCAAAUCCUCUGGCCAACCCCCAGUCACCCUGUUCUGUCUGCCUAUCUGUCUCUGAGUGUCCCCUUUGCUUAGCUACAGGGCAGUCUGUGGCUUCUGGGGUGGAGGAGCCUAAGUAUUUUAGGAUGCAGUUUUAGAAUUCAUGCCUUUGAUCUCUAUUGCCUUGUGGGUUGAUGGCCUGUGUCCCAGAACAUGUGAGGGCGUAUCCUGACUCCCCAUGUGCCACAGCGGUCUUCUCCCCUCUUAGAUCAGUGAAGAUUGUAGGGAAGGCAGGCAGGGGGCCAUUUUCUAUGUGGGGAUGGACACUGAACUCACAUAUACACAGGGCAGCAACACCAUCCACAUACAGAGAGACAUACAGCCUUCUCUCCUCCUUUCCUCUCUCACACACCUAUCUGUUCAGAGACAGACAGACGGCGGAUGUGGUAACUCCUGAACCAUCAGUGGACUAGAUGCAUGUUCUCACAUUAUUUCUUCUCCCUUAUGCAUCUCAUGCCCCCAGCAUCCACAGAAAACCAAGCAUAAUCAUGCAUAUACAUAUCACACACACACACACACAC